AUGGAAGGAAAGGUUUACAUGAACAGAGAAGCAGAAUGGAGGGAACAGAAGUACAAAGAGGACAGGCCCCGAACUUUCCUGCGCUCCCUGGUCGUCUUGCUCUCCAUGGUCUUCUUACGCCCGGUGUGGAGCAUGGAGACGGACCGGAGUCGGAAGAGGGUGAGGUGGAUAUUUGUACGCUUCAGUGCCUGGCACUUUGCGGGAAGCGACAGGCUAUGGGCCGGCCUGGUGAUCCGCCUGUUCAAGGCCAUACACGAUGACUUUGGGGGACUGCCCGUCAGCGUCUACAGAGCCACCCAGCACCCGUACCCUAAGAGGUUCGAGGACCAGAGUGAAGGCAGGUGGAAGGCGAGGAAGGUGUGUGGGCUGCCACUCUGGCUUGCUGCCAUGGGUGUGGCCGUCGUGUGCAUGGGAAUCAGUAUCCUGCUCUACUUUUCGGACUUCCAAGUGAGAACGAACGGUACACUGACUGGCCUGUCGAGUCUGGAGUCCGUGGCCAUCGCGACUCUCGGUCCUCCUGCCGUGGUGGUACUUCGGUUUGUCUUGAAGAUCGGCAAAAAUCUGCUCUACAGCCAGGGCAGCAUCGUCCAAAAGAAGAUGAACGAGUCAGCAGUCAGCGAUCAGCUGGGAUUCAUGAACAAGGUGAGGAAGGAGGUGUCCAUCCUCAUCAAUCUCAUCCAUUUCAUGGAGGUUCUGGAGAACAGGAAGAUCCGCGUCAUUCUGGAGAUCACUAAUUUGGACCGGUGCAGCCCGGAAAAGAUCAUUCAGACUCUGGAGGCCAUCAACAUCCUUUUGACCGGGGAGAAUGUCCCCUUUGUCUUGAUUCUGGCUGUGGAUCCAAAGGUUGUGGUGAACUGUGUGGAAAAUUCAUUCUUGCACCAUAGGUCAACAAAUAGUGGCUAUGAUUUUUUAAACAAGAUUGUUACCCUACCUUUCUCUGUGCCUGAGAUGUCAGUGAACUCAAAGCACAGGAUAUUUGAAACCCUUGCAAAUAGUCACCUUGAGGUUUUUGCUGAUGGGUUUUAUGGUACAAUGGCUCACCCAAGAAAGUCUGGUGAAAACAGGCAUUUAAGAAUGGAACUGGGACUACAUGAAGGAAGCUUGGUGCCUUUCAUUGGAAAUUCCAGCAGUGGGUCUGAAGCAAUAGAUCCAGGAAUUCCUUGGGAACACUGGGCAAGAAAAGUGAAGGCACUGACAAAUGAUGCUUUACAGUUUGUCAACAACAGAGGCAACCUCCACACUUACAUUAUGGCAGAUCACAUGUUUAUGAGGAGAAUAAUCAACUCAGUCAGAGUGUCCAUCAUCAUCCUGGAGGGGAUGAGGUGUGAUUUGUCUUCAGGCGAAGACCUUGCAGCUUGGGUGGUUCUGGCUAACCUGUGGCCUUGUCGUCUGAGUUGGAUUCUCCAGGUCGUGGAAGAUGACCAGCAGAGGGCUGCUAUAGAUCGACCUGACAGCACAGGUGAGAUUGACAACGGGAAGACUUUGUGGGAAGUCUUCAGCGAGUCCUGUGUGGAACUGCACAUGCUCAGAGGUAGAGCCGAGCUACUCCUGGAGCAAGACGGGGACCCUGAACUGUUUGAAAAGUUUCUCAAGGUGGAUUUCAGAUUGACCGUUGGGGAUGCCAACAGGUUCAGGCCCUGCACAGUCAAUCUGGACCAUUCCAUCCAGAAGGAGAUGGCCAGGCUCCGAGGCACCAACAUUAGAGAGAAAAUGAACUACAAAACCCAUGCCCCACUGCCAAUUAUGUCUCUCAUCAGAAUGAGUACAGAGGACAUCUGCAAAGAGAUGCAAAGGCUGAACUUCCCUGAAAAAUAUCAGCAGCGGCUGAGGCAGAAUCGACUUGAUGGAUCAUCCCUGGCAUUUGGCAAUGACGGAGAGAUCAAACGGGUUCUGCAGAUGGCCUUGGGUGAAUGGAUCUCUUUCAGCUUUCGUUUCCUGGGAGCAAAGCCAAGAUGCAGCCCGCACAUGUCAAACCCGAUGAUGUCUGCACAGUAGAGAGGCCUUCCUCCCUUGCUUGGAGAUAGCUGUGAAGCCUUGCUUCAUUCUCAGGCUGCAGCUAUUGUACGACCUCUAUCAGAGCAGUUCUGCAAGUCUCGAGAGGCUAAAUAGUCAUAUGCCACUAACCAGGAUUCUCAGUAUGCAAGGAUAAAAACCAUAAAACAAUCCAACUGAAGGACUCACAAACUGAAAUUUUCACAUUUUUAUGAGUAAGUCUAGACCUUAAGGUGUGUACUGCCUCAACAGUAAAGUUCCUGAUCACAAUAGGGCAUACAUGCAAGUCACAUGACUUCUAGACAUGGAUUAUGAAUGUUCAAAAAAAAAAAAAGAAUCCUCUGCCCAUAUCAAUAAUGAAAGCAAACAAUGGUUUUGAUCUUAGCUGUCUGUUGUUAUUUACAGAAUGGUGCAUAGCUAUGCAAAAUUAUAUUCAAAAUAUCAAUGACUAUACCUGAAAGAUCACAUAAAUGUGUUGCCUUAAGGUUAAGCCUUAUCUAAAUCCAACAUUAGUUUGGAGAAACAUGUCAUAGCUUUCUAGCCUAGCGCACAUAAAUAGCUUCAGAUUCAUGUUCAUGCGUACACCAUUCUGCCAAGUGAUGCAAGGGAUCACUGCAAAUCAAAACCUGUGUAUCUAAACCUAUUAUUAUUCAUAUGAUCAUUCCGUUUAUUUUCUACGGUGCAAAGACAAUUAUGUAUUCAGGAAGAAACUUCUAAACUGUCAUUCAGUAUGAAGCUUUAGACUUCCAAAUCACUGAUACACAAUCUUAAGUAUUUCUUUGUUUGACAGACAAUUAUUUCCAUGCAGCCAUUUUAAAUCUCUGAGCCUACAAAUUAUUUUUAUGAACUUAUUAGUGCUUACACAAAUUUCAGAUCAAGAUAUGACUGAGCUAAUUAAAAAAUUCAGAGCAGGAAUUGGCACAAAAUCCUGAAAUGGAUCAGCCCUUGUUGUGCACCCCUGCUGUUGACACCCAUAACAUAACAGUUUGUAACAAUGGGAAACAGACUGUUUUAUGUGUUGCAUUAGCACACUGUUAAGUUUCUGAUAAAUAAAUAAAAAGAAAAACUACAAAAACAA